AAGCCUCGACAGCUUGAACGAAAGAGCUUAGUGACCAGUUCGUCGAGUGCUCCGCGUAUACGUUGAAUGUAGAAAUAUUCAUCUCGUUCUCGCCCCUCUCUAUUCGACUCGUUUCGUAGCGGUCCCCCACUCCGUUUUGAGGGAGAGACAUUUACUCAUCGCCACAUUGUAAAAGCGCCUGCUGUAUCAACUGUCAGAUUUUCAUAAUACCAAACUAUCAUUCAUAAACCGUUUUACGCGUUCGAAUCGCAUUUACCUAAACGCCGUUACCGCGAGCGUUUCUCAUCGAUUAGAGCCAGCUCUCCGUUUUAUCGUAAACCGCGUUAAACUGCAACUUUUCUUCGGCUCUACGGGUCUUCAGCGAUCCACCAAUUCGGCGCGAGUUUUCAGCCCGAAAAAAUCAAGAGAUAAGCAGUGGGAGCUGCGAUUCGUCGGCGCGUUCCUCGAGACAUCGACCUCGAGGUCGUUGCUGACUGGCUAGGAGGGUCGAUCGUUACCAGUAGUAGGAGCAACAUCAAUAAAACGAGAGUCAUCGGGAAGGAGAGAGAAGAUCCGACACAUCGGGCACGAGAUUUAGCAGGUCCAAAUACUAGAUAGAAAUUCGAAGAAGAGCCCUCUCCGAUAGGAAUUUCAAAUACGCCAGUCGGAAAAGUGUCGAGGAUCGUGAAGCGGUGACCAGAAAUAAUCGCCAUGCCGGCAGGUAUUGGCGCUUCGUACAGGUCGCUAGGCGACCUAGGCGAAGACGUUUACAAAAGCACGACUAUCGUCGAUCAGACCCAGACCACGGGACAGAGCGUCCUGGAGAGUGUUAAAAAGGCCUUCAGUUUCGCCUCGCCGAAGGUCGAGUUGAGGAAGAAGGAUCCAUUGAUCGAGGACAGACGGGAGAGCGUCUCGAUAGUUUCCAGGGAAAGAAACAAGAUGCCAACAGCUGCAACCGCCGAGGAAUCUGCUCUUCUGGGCACGAUGCCUUCCGACAGUAUGGACGAUAUCGAACUGAAAAACAUUCAGCUACAGUUUCCAGCACUGAGAUAUCUCACCAGGGACGACGGCUCCGUCAGGGAGGAACGGGUGGAAACCGAUAAGGGCAGUUUGCUCGUUGCUGUCCAAGGAAAUCGGGCGAAACCUGCCAUUCUCACUUACCACGAUUUAGGCCUUAACUACAUUUCGAGCUUCCAAGCGUUCUUCAAUUACAUCGACAUGCGCGUUUUACUUGAAAACUUUUGCGUCUAUCACGUAAAUGCACCUGGACAAGAGGAAGGAGCUCCGACGUUACCCGAAGAUUACAUCUAUCCAACGAUGGACGAGUUGGCGGAACAAUUGCUUUUCGUUCUCGGACACUUUGGUCUGAAAUCAGUAAUUGGCUUCGGUGUGGGCGCCGGUGCCAACAUCCUGGCGCGUUUUUCGCUCGCUCACUCGGAAAAAGUCAAUGCGCUGUGCUUGAUCAACUGCGUCUCGACGCAAGCGGGAUGGAUCGAAUGGGGCUAUCAGAAGCUGAACGUUCGUCAUCUGAGAUCACAGGGCAUGACUCAAGGUGUUUUGGACUACUUGAUGUGGCAUCACUUUGGCAGGGGAACCUUGGAGAGAAAUCACGAUCUCGUGCAAGUCUACACCAAUUACUUCGAGCGUCGCGUCAAUCCGACAAAUCUCGCUCUCUUCAUCGACAGCUAUGUGCGCCGUACAGAUCUCAAUAUCGUUAGGGAAUUGGACCCCACACGUAAGAAGGACGGAUCGACCCUUGGCGUUCCGGUUAUCAAUAUAACUGGAUCGUUGAGCCCACACGUCGACGAUACUGUCACUCUCAACGGACGUCUCGACCCGACCAACAGCUCUUGGAUGAAGAUAUCCGAUUGUGGUAUGGUAUUGGAAGAACAGCCAGGGAAAGUGAGCGAAGCAUUCCGACUCUUUCUCCAGGGGGAAGGAUAUGUGGUGAGAUCCCCGCGGAAGACUCUGACGUCGACAACACCCGAAGUUGCCCCGCUCUCGCCAUUGAAAAUGGCCGAUUACCGGCUAGCAUCUCUCGAAGGCCUUAAUCACAUCUGCAGCAAAAAAAUCGACUGGCCUACAGCGACUAUUCAUAUUACCGAAAAUCCCAUAUCGGAAGCCGUCGUCUGCUAAACGAACCUAAUCAUUUGGGUCCAUUUUUACAUCUUUCCAUCGCGUAUAUAUAUAAAUAUCUACGGUCUAUAUAUAUUAAUAUACGGGAUGCCUCGAUUCAAUUGGACAAUUGCGUGAUUUAUCGCGUGAUAAACUUUUCCAAAUUUGAGUUUCAUAUUAUUCUGGAACUUGAUCAACGAUGAUCGGCGGAACCAUUCACGAUCUGCUUGCCAUACAAAAAUCUUCAUAUUUUGUACCCACCGAAGUAACAAUUUUUACGAAAAAUUUUAAUAACGAUAUCCAUUGAGAUGGUUUGCUCAUUCGAUUUUUGACCAUGUUUCAAACGAGUAAAUUCCUUCGAACUUUUAAUACGAGUUUCGAGUCUACUGUUCGCCAAUGGUUCAAUUCGUCGUGGAACAUUUAGAAUAAUUGGAAAGAGAAGAACGUAGUACGGGUGACGGAGCAGUUGAAACAUUCACGAGAUUCAAACGUGAUAGCAAAGUCGUCCAAUUGAAUUGGGAUAUCCUGCAUAGCGAGUGGACGUCGAAGAUAGAAUUUUCAAAGCCCAGAGAAAACGAACAACAUUUAUCGCUAAUAUCAUUCGCAUUUUAGAGGUGUAAGGAGAAUUCGUCGAGCCAGGACGUUUUUAUUUUCUCAUUCUUUCGAUCUUGCGCCAUUCGUGUGUUACCCGUUUUGAUGAUGAUUUUUUUUUUUUUUUUUUUUUUUUUAACGGUUACUCAAUGACGCGCGAGAUUUCGUCGAGACAACGGUCACCAAACACACGCGUCUCGACAGUUCAAAACUUUGUCCAUCUUCGUCAUCAAAUUUAUCUUAGAACAAAAACGAACUUAAUGAUAAUCGAAUUAUUGGGCUCGGAGGACUCGCAAAUUUAUCAGCGGGCUCCCAAUGAGCACAGUAAAAAUAUCAACGAUUCGAAUUAUUAGGGAUAAUUCGUUGCAGAGACAUCCAAAGUGCGAGGAAUACGAGAACAUCGACUAUUUCAACGGUCAAGUUGUUUCGUUUAUUCUGAAUUGACGCUCAAAGUUUCGAGUCGCGAUAAACAGUAGAAUCUCUCCACAAUAAACGCUCCAUUUGCCUAGGAAAAUAUGACAGGAGAACGAGAACAGAAUCGCAUUCCUUGCAGAUUAAUUGAACGUGAGAAACAAAAGAAUUUUAUUCAGUGGUGGGUGCGAGGUCGAGAUUCUAAUGCAUUUAUCAACGUCAUCGUGAAACUGGAAGAUGCUUCAUGCUCAAUUCUUUUAAUCUUGAGAAUCGAUAAUGAUUUUUUAUCAGGGUGAAUUGGUGAAAAUAAGAGGAAAAAACAAAGGAUUAAGAAAAAACACGAGUUAAAAUAAGAAAAAUCAUGAGCGAUCGUGACUCAAAAAAUAUCAAAAAAACUUUUCGAGGCAUUUUAUCGCCGAGGAAAAGAAAACGAAAAUUUCCCAGGAAAAGCAGAUAUCAAGAGUUUUCAAAGGUUCACAUCGUGAGACUCGUUGAUUUGCGUCUUUUUCAUGAUUCACAUGAAUAUUACUUUGUUCACUCUCGCGUAUCGUGAUCCUAAAGGAAUUCCUUGUGAUCAGGAAACAAGAAUAAUUAAGCUUAGCCCGCAGUCCUGCAAAAAAAACAAACAGUAACGAGCAAAUAAGUAAUAAAAGUGAGAUCGCGUAAUUGAGCGUCGUAGGAAAAUUAGUGAUUAUUUCCGCGCGUCAAAGGGAGAAGAAUGCUUCAUAUCUUAAAAGAAAAGCCUCGCUGGCCGAACGGUGAUCGAUUUCAUCGGUCCAAGAGUCAUCGAAAAAGUAAAAAAAAAUAAAAAGAAACGUUGGUCGAGAGCGAGGAAGAGGGAACUAUUGAGUUUGUUUGCGGCUUUGUGCAAAACACUCUCGGACUGUAUUUUUUCCUCGCAGAGGUAAAACAGUGUGUAAUGAUAUUAUACAUAAAUAGAAUUGAAAUUAGAUAGGUAGACGUUUCAAGUCUUCGAAAGAGAAGAUAAUAAAAACAAACGAAAUGAAAAUAGGCAAAAAAGAGAACGAGAAGGAAAGAAGAAUAAAAAUAUGAAGGAAAAGGUAGAAGAGGAAAAAAGUGCGACAUUUAGUAGACUCCGGAAUAUGGUUUGCGAGAGGUUUUCCCCCAAGCCUAUAGCGUGAUACGAUAAGACGUGCCUGCAUCAGAGGUGAUAAGUAGCUUAAACGAAGAAUCGAUUAAAACGCUUUAGUUUUAUAUAUUGAGCGUCCACGAGUAUUUUUUUCUUUGUCGCUCGUCUUCAAUUGCGGUAUUCAUUCUGCCGAAGGGUGCUGAUUUUACUUUUCAAAAUAUAGAAGAACAAAAACAAAAGUAUAAUUAUUAUAAUGAAAAUAACAAAUAAUAAUAAUAAUAAUAAUAAUGAAUAAUAACAAAGUGUGAAAAGCGAUAUUGUCACGAGAAAGAGUUCGAUUUUUAGCGAUAAGCGAUUACUGAAAACGAUGACGCAGGGAAUUAUUUAAAAAAAAAAAAAAAAAAAAACAAAUAAACGGUCUAUCGACAAUUGAUCGUGAGAGAGUGGGAGCAAAGAGGAGGAAAAAACGCGUAGAAACGAGGUAGAUUAAUUUCGUUGUGAUUUUUCGAACGCCUAAAAAUAUUAUGCGUAUACCUAAACCUAUAACGUAGCAGGAAUGAAGAGGAAGAUUGAUCAUGAGAUCGGCAAACAUUUGUCUCUUCUUUCAUUCAUUUAAAAAUUUUUUUUCAUUUUAUUUAUUCCAUUCACGUUUGUUUGCACACAUCGAAGGGAAGUUUGAAGGAAUAUUUGAUGGAUUUUAAAUUUUUAUUCAACUCCCUGACAUUUCUUUGAGUAAAACGAGAGUUUUGGAUUGAGGAUAAAAAUUUUUUCUAUACGUUCAUCAAACUAUUGAGACCGCUCAACUCUGUCGUUUUUAAUUAUUUUGAAAUGUGCCUCAUUUUCGAGUUAUUGGAAUUUAGGGUCUUUCACGUACCAUGAAAUUGAGAAAUAACAGUUGCAGCAGGAAUUUCAGUCGAGGAUGCUUUCUGUACAAAUUUUCAGCCAGAAAGUCCAUUUUAUCAAAAUUUGACGUUCGGCAGGCCAAAUAUUAUCUUGAGAGGCGUAAACGUCGCGACGCAAAAUCUUGAGAUUGCCAGAUUUCCUUUUACUUUCGAAGCUCGAAGCACGAGGCGAAUAUUCGACUUAUCCGCAGCGUAAUCAUACCGGAUAAGACAACCGGUUACGUUCGUCAGUGAAAAUUUGAGUUUAAACGAAAUUUCAUUGACACUUGAAAUCGCAGAUUCAAAGCAUCCUCGAACAAGUUUAAAUAAAUUAAACGAAUUUCGUUCGAUUUUAUUGAGUCUGAUUGAUAAGAACCGAAGGCUUUUUCUCGUUAUAAAUAUUCAAAGAUUGGAGUUCUUAAUAACCAGUGUAACGAGCAGAAAGUCGCAGUUAUUAAGGAGAAUAGCUAAUCAAUAGUCGUCGCUAUUCUCAGCAUAAAAACGCUGCGAGAAAUAAAUAGCUUAAAAAACCCACGACAUUAUAAUGACACGUCGAGAGGAUGGGGGGGAUUUUGGCGCGAUCGACGUCAACGAUCGCGAAAGUUUCGACAGACUCUCGAGGCUCGCUGGCUGCGGAAGCGCUGUCAGUUCGUGUGUUUUUGGGUGUGAAAGCUUUACCAGCUAAAGUGGCUGUCACCAUGCGCGCGUGAACACGAUGACUAAAUAAAGAAAUGAAAAUAGCUAAAUAGUCAGUAGCGGUGUAUAACCAUGAAUAAAUAAAAAAAAAAAAAAAAAAAAAAAAGCAGAGAAAAAAACGAAUCCGCGUAUAUCGCACGACAGGUUAUUUCAUUAAACGAGUUACAUGGAGCUUUAGUAUACAACAAAAUAUUGGCACACGUGCGCACCGAUAUACAUCUUGUUAUUUAUAAUAAACAAAUAUAGAAAAAUGAA